GAGGCCCAAUGUGUGUCCCCUGCUGUGGCCCUCCAGGUCCUCUUCUACAGCCCUGCCACCCCCCCAUGGUCCCCAGGACCUCCCCUGGCCCAGGGGAGCCAGACCCCGCUCAGCUGGUGCAAUGGCCGGUGGCCAGUCUCCCACCGGGUGUCCUCUGGCAGGAGGCCCGGCAGGGGCGGCCGCUGCCCAACCACAGCCCCCCCUGCUAUGGAAGGGGCUGAGUGGGCGUGGGGCAGCAGCACAGGCAAAGCCACCACCACCAACACCAUGGGGACCCUCGGCUGCUGCCUGCUGCUCACCCUGGCCCUGCUCACCCCUCACCAGGCUGCAGCCAGGAAGUGUGACCUACAGGGCCUGUGGAGGAACGAGCUGGGCUCCAACAUGACCCUCUUGGCUCUGAACACAGACAGCACCUUCUCGGGCUUCUACCACACUGCUGUGACAGCCACCAACAAGCUGAGCCUGCAGUCACCCCUGCAAGGGGCCCAGCAGCACCCCGGUGCCAAGAGACACCCCACCUUCGGCUUCACCGUGCACUGACAGUUCUCAGAUUCCACCACAGCCUUUGUAGGCCAGUGCUUUGUGGAUCGCUGCGGGAAGGAGACACUGGAAACCACAUGGCUCCUGUGGGAAGAGGUCCCAUCCCACAGGGACACCUGGAAAGCCACCAGCUGA